AUGCCGCGGCUGUGCGCCGAGAGGAGCGUCCGCCUCCCUUUCCUCGAUUCCCAGACCGGGGUGGCCCAAAGCAACUGCUACAUCUGGAUGGAGAAACGUCACCGAGGGCCAGGUUUAGCCGCUGGGCAGCUUUACUCCUACCCUGCGCGCCGCUGGCGGAAGAAACGCCGUGCUCAUCCUCCGGAGGACCCGAGGCUUUCCUUCCCUUCUAUCAUUGCAGACACCGAUCAGACCCUGAAGAAGGAAGGGCUGAUCUCUCAGGACGGCAGCAGCCUGGAAGCCCUGUUGAGGACCGACCCGUUGGAGAAACGUGCCCUCCCGGACCCCCGCAUCGACGACGACAGCCUGGGCGAGUUCCCCGUCACCAACAGCCGUGCUGGGAAGCGGAUUCUUGAGCCGGAUGACUUCCUGGACGAUUUGGAUGACGAAGACUACGAAGAAGAUACGCCCAAGCGGAGAGGGAAGGGGAAAGCCAAGGGCAAAGGUGUCGGAGGGGCUCGCAAGAAACUGGACGCGGCUAUAUUAGAAGACCGGGAUAAACCCUACGCUUGUGACAAUAGUUACAAACAAAAGCAUACCUUGAAACCUCCCGAUCGAGUCUGCGGGAAGCGAUACAAGAAUCGGCCGGGAUUGAGCUACCACUACGCUCACUCCCACCUGGCCGAGGAAGAAGGCGACGACAAGGACGAUUCGCAGCCCCCCACUCCCGUCUCGCAGCGAUCGGAGGAGCAGAAAUCCAAGAAAGGACCCGACGGCUUAGCUUUGCCCAACAACUACUGCGAUUUCUGCCUGGGAGACUCCAAAAUCAACAAGAAGACGGGGCAACCGGAGGAGUUGGUCUCGUGCUCGGACUGCGGGCGAUCAGGGCACCCCUCCUGCCUGCAGUUCACCCCGGUGAUGAUGGCGGCCGUCAAGACGUACCGCUGGCAAUGCAUCGAGUGCAAGUGCUGCAAUAUCUGCGGCACCUCCGAGAACGACGCCCACUUCCUCUCCACCGCCCGCCGCCCCCGCGGCUACCACAUGUACUGUCUCACCCCCCCCAUGUCGGAGCCGCCCGAAGAACCCCCCAAAAGAGAGGAGCCAACCGGGACGGCGGCGGAGUAG